GGGCGCGCGGGAGGGGCGCGGGGGGCCACGGGUCGCCCCCCGCCGAUGCGCCACCGCGGAGCGCGGGCGGACGAUGGAACUCCACAUCCUGGAGCAUCGGCUGCAAGUUGCCAGCGUCGCCAAGGAGAGUAUCCCGCUCUUCACCUACGGCCUCAUCAAACUUGCCUUCCUGUCCUCCAAGACCAGGUGCAAAUUCUUCAGUCUGACUGAGACGCCAGAGGACUACACCAUCAUCGUGGAUGAGGAGGGCUUCCUGGAGCUGCCCUCCUCUGAGCACCUGAGUGUGGCUGAUGCCACCUGGCUGGCCCUCAACGUGGUGUCCGGCGGCGGCAGCUUUUCCAGCUCCCAGCCCAUCGGCGUGACCAAGAUCGCUAAGUCGGUUAUCGCCCCCCUGGCCGACCAGAACAUCUCAGUCUUCAUGCUGUCCACCUACCAGACGGACUUCAUCCUGGUACGUGAGCGAGACCUGCCCUUCGUCACCCACACCUUGUCGUCAGAGUUCACCAUCCUGCGGGUCGUCAAUGGCGAGACAGUGGCAGCCGAGAACCUGGGCAUCACCAAUGGCUUUGUAAAGCCCAAGAUGGUCCAGAGGUCGGUCAUCCAUCCGCUGUCCAGCCCCAGCAACAGGUUCUGUGUCACCAGCCUGGACCCUGACACGCUGCCCACUGUCGCCACGCUCCUCAUGGACGUCAUGUUCUACUCCAAUGGAGUGAAGGACCCCAUGGCAGCUGGCGAGGACUGCGGCCACAUCCGCUUCUUCUCCUUCUCCCUCAUCGAGGGCUACAUCUCCCUGGUGAUGGACGUGCAGACCCAGCAGAGGUUCCCCAGUAACCUGCUCUUCACCAGUGCAUCCGGAGAGCUGUGGAAGAUGGUGCGAAUCGGAGGGCAGCCCCUGGGAUUCGACGAGUGUGGCAUCGUGGCCCAGAUCUCUGAGCCCCUGGCUGCGGCCGACAUCCCCGCCUACUACAUCAGCACAUUCAAGUUUGACCACGCGCUGGUUCCCGAGGAGAACAUCAGCGGGGUGAUCAGCGCCCUGAAGGUCAGCCAGGCCGAGAAGCACUGAUGCCCUCACUCCCCGCUGCCCUUCGUGUUCUUGCAGUAUUUCUCCAGACUGGAAGAGCGGCCUAGGGACACUGCCCUGAGGGCCAAGGCCUCCCAGGAGCCCCAUCCCUUGGAAAGGGACCUGCCUCCCCCACCUCCCCUGGAAAAUGGCGUCUGAGGCCCCGGGGCCUGGGGAACAGCCCCACCUCCUCCUGGGGCUGUUUUUGGGGGGCUGGCAGAGCCAGGCUGGGCAGGUGGAGCCCUUGGUGGCCUCCGAGAGGUGGGGGGCUGAACAGGGUGGUUGCUGAUCCCCGUUCUCGGGGCUCAAGGCGGGUUCCCCUGGAGUGGAGGCUGGUGGGCCACCCUGCCCCCGCCUGCCAGCCACAGGGCCUGCACCCCAUCUCAGCACGACUGCCAAGAGGGCCCUGUCCGUACCUCCCACCCUAAGCACUCACCCCGGGGGCCCACCAGCUCGGCACACCAGCUUCUCUGUCCUCUGCUUUCCUGGCCCCUCCUCGGGUGGGCAGAGCCUUGGUUUCCCCCCAGCAGGGGCUUCCCCAGCAGUCUUCACCUGGGGUUUCUUAGGUCACCCCAGCCUCCCUGACAGUCAGCUAGACCAGCACAGGGCUCCCCACUGGCCUCCCCAUCUGCACCCCACAUUUGGGGGUUACGGGUGGCCACCACCCGCCUGCCUGCCUGCCUGCCCUGACCCCUGGGGCUGGGCAUUCACAAGUACUUGACCUGGGAGGCAGCUUAACUGAGCCUUAAUAGAGAAAAUCAUACUUUGUUUUAGAUUUUUAUUUAACGUAUUUGCAGUUGUGCCUGGGCUGCUGCCGUUGGCUGUCAUUUUUUUUCUUGAGGUGGGUUCUGACCGAGUUCUCCCCAGGGACACAGGGCUCAGCGCCACUGGGGGCCCUGUGGGUCCAGGGACAGGCAUGGACACCAGAGCUGGCACAGGGUCCCAAGGCUGUGUGCUGUCCCGGGCGGAGCUGAGGACGGGGGACUCCUGCUCUCCUGGGAGAGCCCUUGUGUGAGCAGCUCCUGCUGCUCCAGCCAGGCGGACAGGCCUGGAGGCCCCCUCACUCGGAACUGCAAGCCAUCCUUGCAGGGCCCAGCAUGCUAAGUAGAAACCCACCUUCCUGCUUGGUUUUUAAGUUAAUUCAUUUUGCACAAAAUCCCCAAAGCAACCAAAUCUCAAUUGUUUGCUGGUCCCAAAAAGGAGGUGGCUGAGUGGGCAGGGCUGUGGUUGCAGCCCCGAAUCCCCUUGCUGUCCGUAGAAGGCCUUUAUUUUCUGGGGAGCCCCUCUCUGCACCCCUUUCCGUCUGCUUCCUUCCUACCGGGCCAGUGCGUCAGCUUGGUGUCCCCAGUCAUGUAGCCCCUAGACUUCUAGGACUGUCUGUUGUACACACCUAUAAAUAUCUGUUUUAUGUUGAUAUAUAUAUAUAUAUAUACAUAUAUAUAUAUAUACACACACACUGUAAAUAGCAUCUAUACUUGAGCAAUAUAUAUGGUAAUAUAUUCUGUGUGCACAGGGUGCGGGCACAGACCCCCCCACACACAGACCUGUGUGUGCAUGCGUGGGUGCGAGGCCCCGUCCCACUGUGUCGGCUGUGCACACUGACAGUGUUGAGCCACCGCGUAUUCUUGAGUCUAUAGGCAAUAUGAUUAUGCGACAUCAGUGGGUCCCGCGGGCCUCCCUGGAGAGACGACAAAACCAGCAGCCCACAGCGCAUGCUACAGGGUGGCGUGGAGGCCCAGGCGUGUCCUGGAUCUGGUUUCCCCACCACCACUCUCCAGCCGAGGCCCCUGGACACCUGUGUCCAUUUGGAGGGGGACAUUAGUUGGAGGAGCAGUUGGGACUUGUUUUUAACAGAGCGUCCCCUCACGGGGUCAGUUGAGCACCUGCCCUGGCACAUGGCCACACCCGGCCUUCCCUCCUUGGAUGGAUGGCUCCUUUCCUGGUGGCCCCUUACCUGGUUUCUUUUUAUCCGCAAGCUUAGAAAUGCAGGUCCUUCGCCCAGGCCUGCUCCUGGGGACUGGCGUCAUCUGUCCCCAAACAGCACAGGUGACUGACUGCUGUGUCUGGGAAGGGGCUGGGCGAGGGCCCCACUGCCCCCAGCACCCUGCUCCCUGGCCACAGGGAGCCCCUGCUCCCCCCCCGCCCCCCCGCCAUUACUUGUGGGAGGGAGCACACUUCUGUUCUCUGUGUGUGGUGUAGUCGAAGCAUGGUCCCCAAAGCCCUGGCCAGGGGCUCCCAGGGGCCGCCAGCCCUUGACCUUUCCCUCCAGACCUCCCUGGAGGCCAUCUGUACCUGGACCCCUGAAGGGCUGUUAGUUCCCCCUGGGACCUGCAUGCGCAUGCAGGUCAGACAGAGGUGCGCGGGGGUGGGGGGAGAGGACGGUCUUGCAGUGCAGUGGCUGGGGACACAGUCUGGCGUGGGGUGACCAGGCUGGAUCCACCCCAGCGUGGGGUGUGGUCUCCACCUCUCUAAUGAGGAAAGCACCACGUGUGGACUCCGCCCUGACCUCUGCCCUCGUCCCUUCCCUGUAGCAGACUGUGAGGAGCCCAGGAUGAGUUCACAGGGACAGGGGUCCCUAGCCAUGACCCUGUAACAGCCCCUCCCCAGGAUUUCGGGGGCCCUGGGCACCACCCACCAGCCCAGGCAGCAGGUCCCCUGGGGAGGAGGAGUGGGGGAUGUGACUGUCACGCACCUGGCCUCAGUGCCCAGCAGGAGGGCCCUUGUCUGGGGACCUGGUCCCUGUGAGGGACACAGGGUGCCAGGGGGGCGAGGAGGUCCAGAGAGGAUCAGGACAGAUGGAAGGGGCCCCAGUCCAAGCGCCGCAGCCGCAGCCUGCUGGGUGAUUUUCAGAGGGGUUCAAGCCACCUGCCACACUUCCCUGGCAGACCUUUGGAGUCCCCAAGGUCACCCUGGGCCACCUUCCAAGCCUCUUGGCUGGACCUGGGCUCUUACCCUCAGCUAGGAGAGGGGAUUCGGGACACUCCCAGGCCGCCGCAGCCCUGUUGUGACAGAAUUUGCUGUCCCAUUUCUGAGCGAAACAGGGAGGAAAGAAGAACCCCACCACUGCCCACGGGGAGCAGGGGGCCACAUGGCUGGUGAGCGGGCAUGGAUGGGGGUCUUCAGUUUUGGGGGUUUCCCGAGGUGCCGUGGGCAGGCAGGGUCACCCAUGGAGGGACAGGGCGGCCGGGGAGGAGGGAGCCCUGGCAGCUAGAUAGCCUGUCCUGCGUUUCCAAGCUCAUCCCAGGUAUUUUUCUUUCCUUUUGAAGGUAGAAGCAGCAAAACCACAAGCCCAGCCGUCCCUGUCCCUCUCCAUAGACAGAGGGUGGAGGCCGCCCUCCUGGGAGGUGACGCUGGCGGGAUGGGAGGGCUGUGGCUCUUGGUGCCAGAGGAGGGUGGCCCGGCCCUCGGCAUCAGGACACUGCCGUACGUGGUUCUUACGCAUGUGUGUGAGCAUGAGUGUGCGCGUGCGUGUGCGGGGCCCGGCUUGGCUCAUUCAGUAGAGUCCAUGGGCCACAUGGACCCAGGUGACCAGGUGGGGACACCCAGCUGGCUUCAAGGCAGAGGGUGGGGUUGCCUGGGUAGGGGUCCCCAUUUGAAACUGUGGAAGGGCAGAGGUGUCCCUAGCCCGGGCCUGGACGUCCAUGCCGCAGCCGGGCCUGGCUGGGCCUCCCUGUGCAGUUGCCCCGGAUCACCCCCGUAUUCACGGGGGCAGGUUGUGGGCUGGGGCCCGAGCAGACGGCAGAGCCCAGCAGGCGAGCAAAUGCAGGCCAAGCCCAGUGUGUUUCUCUUUCCACUGCCUCAGUUUACCUGUAGAGAAAAUGGCCCAGGAAUAGUUGGAUGGGGUUGGCUCCAGAACAGGAAGGGAGUGAGAUGAGAAAUAACCCCAAGCCCUCUUGCUCUAUGCCAAAAUCAUUUCCGUUAUCCUAAGAUGGGGGGGUGGAAGGGGUGCGGGGUGCUCCUGCCCUCGGCCCCCUCGCCUGCACCUGGCGUGCCAUGUCCAGGUCACCACCAGCAGCCCUGGUGCGUCAACCCCCAGGCCUGGGUGAAGGGGACAAGUGGCCGGCCUGGCCCACCCCUGGGGCCCUCACGCUUAUUUUCUUUGUCAAACAUAGAACCUUCAAAAUUCACGUACUGUAUGAUGGAGAGAAAAAAGUACCUAAUGUUCCCCCCAAAAGACAGUAUAUUUUGUACUUUGUAAAGUGUUCAUUAAAAUGAAGGAGAAAAAAUGA